CUCAUCUCUGCCUUUACUAUCUCACAACCAAGUGACACGCGGUCCUUCGGCACUCCACCAUUCCUUUUCCUUUCACUCUUAUUACCUCUUACUUCUGUUUCCCUUCAAACGAACUUCAUCAGUAUGGGGAAGGGUAAGGCUAGGCCUUUUGACCCCAAACUUGCUGCGGUGAAACUUCCUCCUAAGCUAAAGUGCUACCGAUGCGAGGUAUGGCGCACAGAGAACAGCUACUCCGAGAAGCAGAAGAACAUUGCCCGUGAAUCUAUCCUGUACAAAGGCCAGAGCUCUCCGCCCAACCUGGUCUGCAACCGAUGCAAUGGCGGGCCUCUCGUUGAGCUUGAGUGCACUUCAUGCAAUGUUACGAAGGGUUUAGAGGACUUCGCCAAGUCUCAGCGUGCAGUCGCGGACCACGCUAAGUGCUAUGAAUGCGUCGAGAAACACCUUGACUUGAACCCAAUCAUUGACAGAACCUACGAGAACCCUCUGAGGUCUCACGCUAUUGGAGAUUACUCUGAUGGACGUGAGCCAAAUUAUUGGGAAGACACCGCCUCUCAAACGGACAGUUCAAUCAAGGACGGCUACGACUCAAUCGAUGAUCACGGAGGGAUUGCUCUAUCUGCCAACUUUCAGACAAUGAGCAUUCAAGGCAAUUCAAUGGUCGGAGAAUUGAUCCCCGGACUCUCCAGCAACUCAUCCACGAAUGGCACUGCCAAAAUGACUGGGACCAAGAGUUGGGAUAGCAGAUCGACCUACCUCAGCCAAAACCAGGACUCAAACACUGCUAAGACCUUCAACUCAAGCGUGGCAGAACGUUCUAAUCUAUCUCAAGUCAAGGGUAGCUGGGCCAAAAUUCGGGCAUUUACAGCAAAGGAUGACUCGAUCAAGCCAAUGGCCGACGAUGAUUGGGAUAGCGAUGAGGAUGAGCAGAAGCUUGGGAACGACGAUAGCAGUGACGACGGUUAUGGAGAGGACGACGACGUCGAGAUCUGAUUGAUACAGAUCUACCCAUUUCCUCAUCGAGUUUGAAUCUAUGGCCAGCGAUUGCGAGCUUGGUUGGCUCUAGGUGGUGCACUGCCUGCUUAUUGACAACAUUCAAAGCAGCUAUUUGCGGAUUUCGAGUAGAUUCCAGAGCCUAUCUUUGCGAGGAAAAACACCCCGCCCCCUCCUCUGGUUUGGGGGCAAUCU